UUAUCAAAAUGAGUAGGUCAUUAUCAACAGAAAUGAAUACACCAGCUAUACUUAUAGUUGGAAAAACAGGUGCUGGAAGAAGCACAUUGGGAAACUAUUUAUUAAAUCUUUCUGGAGAAGAAAAUCCAUUCUUUGAUGUUUCAGAUAGUUUUGAUUCAACUACAAAAUUAUCUAAAUUUGCAUUUAUUGAAAUAAAUGAUAAACCUUAUAAUGUUGUUGAUACACCAGGAAUUUUUGAUACAGAUGAUGUCAAUGAUGCAACCACGAAAGAAAUCAUACAAGCGAAACGACUUACUAAAGAACAAAAUGAUGUAAUUGAUGGAAUAAUUACACUUUUCGGAAAGAAAUCACUACAAUACAUGGUUGCGGUAUUUUCUAAUUGUAAUGCAAAACAAACUAAAGAUAUUGAUCAAUUUAAAAACUCCUGGAACGAAGAAAUUCGUGCAUUUGUUAACUCCAUAGGCUCUCGGUGGGCCAUUUCUCCGAAUUCUGAUAUUUUUCCAUCUGAUCACCCAGUACAUCAAUCGCAUAUUAAUAAAUUGCGAGAUAUCAUUGAUAAAAUAGAUGGAGUAUUAACAAAUGAUAUUAUUGAUGAGAUUCGAAAAGAACGAGAGGAUGCUGUGCGAAGCGCGAAAGGGGCAGAAAAAAAACGACAAAUAGAAUAUGAGAUAUUAAAAAAGAUAGCAGAAGAAGUAGAAGAAAAACGACAAAUAGAAUAUGAGACAUUAAAAAAGAUAGCAGAAGAAGUAGCUGAAAGAUUGGCAUAUUUAGAGAAGAAGGCAAAAGAUGAUGAAAAAGAAAUGAAAGUCAUUAGAUGUAUGAUGGCAGAUUCUAUCAAACUACUUAAAUCGAAAAGUUGUUUCUGGCUAGGAACACGGAUCAUGCUUGCAUCUGGAAGAAUUAUUCAAAUGUCUGAACUCAAAGUUGGAGAUAAAGUAUUAUCGAAUAUUAGAAAUGGUAUUGCUGAAUUUUCAGAAGUUUAUCUUAUUGCUCACAUUGGUAAACUCGAUCAUAAAGCCAAGUUUGCUAAAAUUAGUUUCACCAAACCAGAUGGUUAUAAAGAUGGUACAGUAAUUGCUGAUGGAGUAUUAUGCUCGUGUUACGAACAUUGCCCACCAUCUCAAAUGAUCAUGGAUUUGGUCUUUCUACCGAUUCGUUGGUGGACUCGUAUCGUACCUAGUACGCAUCGCGAUGAAAAUCUUCAUCCAUAUGUUCAGUUCUUGGAAACUUUAUACCUUUCAUUUGUUCACCUUAUGAAAUGGGUUGGACAUGAUGCAAAUAAUUAUUGA